UGCGCUGCCGGGGCUGCUGCGGAGCUGCUGGUGCUGCGGGGCUGCCGCGGGCUGUGCAGCCGCGUCCGCCGCCCGCGCGGGACCGCCCGUCGCCGUCCGGCCGCUCGGCCAGCCUCGGCGCCAGGCGGGGACCUCAGUUCGCAAGAGCAGUGAUUCCCUGGCUGUCUUGACAAUGUACCCCAUUUCCUGACACACUUACCACUGAAGGUGAAUUCUCCUUUUUACAAGAAGGAAAUUUUGGUGGAGAGCCAUCCAACAAGGAAAGGACGUGUGGCUAUCACGACAGACAAGAAGAAGGGAGGCAAAUUCCAGCCGUUUAAGAAGCUGUUUGGCAAAAGGAAAAAGAAAGACACUUCGUUGUCCCAGGAGGCCUCAGUGAGGAAGAGCCAUUCUCCCCGGAGUGUCAGCAAUGGGACCUUCUCUUCCGAUGAGGAGACCCUGGACGACAAUCUAAGGUCCUUCAACUAUUCUAUGGGAACCCGGGCGUUUUCCCAUGACAGUAUUUUUAUCCCUGAUGGGGGAGCAGAAAGUGAGCAGACAGUUCAAGCAAUGUCACAGGACAACAUCCUGGGCAAAGUCAAAACUCUUCAGCGACAGUUGGGCAAGAAUAUCAAGUUUGGGCAGCCACCACCCAAGGCCGUUCCCAUGAAGAAGGCAGACAGUGGGGAGGCUAGCUUAGAAGAGGAUCUGUUCCUGACCAGUCCCAUGGAAAUUGUGACUCAGCAGGACAUCGUCCUCUCAGACACUGAGAACAAAUCCAGUGCUACGCCAAGUUCUCUGAGUCCUCUGAAUCUGCCUGGAGCCCGAAGUGAGAUGGAAGAGAAGGUUGUUCCAGUUAAACCGUCUCGGCCAAAAAGACACUUCUCUUCUGCUGGCACCAUCGAGAGUGUCAACCUAGAUGCCAUCCCCCUGGUCAUAGCUCGCCUGGACAACAGUGCCGCCAAGCACAAACUGGCCGUUAAGCCAAAAAACCAGAGGGUGUCAAAGAAGCACAGGCGGCUUGCCAGGGAUCGACCAAGUGAGCAAGAUGGCCUUCUGCACCCACUGUCCCUGGACCAGAAUGGACACCCUGUGGAAGACAAGCUAAUUUUGCAUGAAGAGGAGCCAGAGCUGCUGGAACCUGAAGAAGAGAAGAGACGUCAAGAAGAAUACUGGCGAGAACUUGAGGCCAAGUGCAAGCGGCAAAAGGCGGAAGCAGCCGAGAGGAGACGGCUGGAGGAGCAGAGGCUCCAGGCCUUGGAGAGGAGGCUUUGGGAAGAGAACAGAAGGCAAGAGCUCUUGGAGGAAGAGGAGGGAGAGGAGAGAGAACUACAGCUGGCGGCAGAAAAGAGGCAGCAGGAAGAGGAGAGGCAGAGACUGGAAAGGCAAGGUUGCCAAGGCCAAGAGCAGGGGGAGCAAGAGGAAAGAAGGCACCUGGAGGCCGAAGAGCAGAAGCGUCUGGAGGAAGAGGUCCAGCGACUGGAGGGCCUCACUCAGCAGGAGGAGCUGGAGGCACAGAGCAGGCAGGAAGCCGAAAAGCAGCGGCAGGAAGAAGAGGAAAGAGAGUUGAAGGAGCUCAGAAGACUGGAGGAGCUGGAGGAGCAGAGACGGUGCGAGGCCGAGAAGCAGUGGCUGCAGGAGGAGGAGAGAAGGCUGGAGGAGCUCAGAAGACAGGAGGAGCUGGAGGAGCAGACAUGGCGGGAGGAGGAAGAGAAACGAAUGAAGGAGCUCAGAAGGCAGGAGGAGCUGGAGGAGCAGAGACGGCGAGAGGCCCAGAAGCAGUGGCUGCAGGAGGAGGAGAGGAGGCUGGAGGAGCUCAGAAGGCAGGAGGAGCUGGAGGAGCAGAGACGGCGGGAGGAGGAAGAAAAACGAAUGAAGGAGCUCAGAAGGCAGGAGGAGCUGGAGGAGCAGAGAUGGCGGGAGGAAGAAGAAAAACGAAUGAAGGAGCUCAGAAGGCAGGAGGAGCUGGAGGAGCAGAGAUGGCAAGAGGAGAAGGAGGCAAAGAGAAAGGAAUUGCUGAAAAAGCAGGAGGAAGUGGAGGCACAGAAGCUACAGGAAGCAGAAAAGAAGCAUCAAGAAGGACUGAGAGUGGAAGAUGAGAGUCAGCCGGAGCUAGCUGACAAAAGUGGCUUGAGGAGCCCACUUCAGACUGACUUUGCAGAGAAACCAGAAGAACGAGAACACCUGAAACCUGAGAAGCAAAGAGAAAACUCUGAGGAACCAAGCGUUUGCGAGAAGCAGAGCCGUGAGGCUGAGCCAUCAGGAGAGCAGCAGGGAAAGCAGGAGGAUGUUCACGGAGAUGAUCGUGUACGUCAGGAAAAGAGAGAAGAAACUAAAGUGCAACAUCCCCGGAAACAAGAGGCGCAAGGGGAAGAGAAGCUGGCUCCAGUGGAGACGAAAGAAGCUGCCGCUCCAGAAAAAGAGAGAAAAGUGGAGGAGCUCAGGUGGCAGGAAGUAGAUGAGAGGCAGACCAUGCCCAGACCCUACACCUUCCAGGUAUCAUCAGGAGGGAAACAAAUUCUCUUCCCCAAAGUCAAUCUGAGCCCAGUGACGCCUGUGAAAGAUGCAGGACUUGCCUCUGCUCCCCAUGAGCCAAAGGCCCCCAAAGCCAGCCCGGCCUCCCAUGCCCUGCCCUCGUCCCUGAGCAUCCCCCACACCGCCAUCCUGGUCACAGGAGCACAGCUCUGCGGCCCAGCUGUCAACCUGAGCCAGAUCAAGGACACAGCGUGCAAGUCUCUCCUGGGCUUGUCAGAAGAAAAGAAGCAUCUGGAUGUCCCCGCCCUGGAGAACCCACCCCGAGCCCCCGUCGAUCCCCGGGCAGGCAGCGGGAAGGCCAAGCCUCCCCAGGAGUCCCCGAGCAGUGUGGCCGCACUGGCUGAAUGGGCGUCCAUUCGGUCCAGAAUCCUGAAGAAUGCAGACAGUGACCAGCGCAGCGAGAGAGAUCAAGGGCGUCCCAGGGAUGGGCACAGUCCGAGGGGCCGAAGUGAUUCCCGAGGGAACCUCCGGAAGACCCCGCCAGUAAACGCAAAGUUCUCUAUUAUGCCUGCCUGGCAGAAAUUCUCUGAUGGUGGCACAGAGGCCUCCAAACAGAACACAGAAGCAGAAAGCAUUAGAAAAAGACCUGUGCUAGGUCCCAGCGAAGAGACAGCACCCCAGCCCCUGGCUGCUGAUCCUCACGAGCACCGGAAGGGUGCAGAGAAACUGACGGUGCACCGGGAGCCAACGGACACCACAGAGGGAUGCAAAUUUGCCAAAGACCUUCCAUCUUUCCUUGUUCCAAGCCUUCCUUACCCUCCGCAGAAAGCUGUGGCCAAUGCAGAGCCCGUGACCACUUUGGACAGCGAGACCACAAGUGGUAUAGGAAAGCCAGACCCCGUGAUGCCAGGUGGAGAGGAAAAAGCCUCCCCUUUUGGGAUAAAGUUGAGAAGGACCAACUACUCCUUGCGCUUCCACUGUGACCAGCAGGCAGAACAGAAGAAGAAGAAAAGGCACAGCAGCACAGGGGACAGUAUCGAAGGGGGGCCGCCUGCACCGGGAAGCACAAACGGAGAGAAAGAGACAGACGGUGUGGCCCUCAGGCGUGGCCUUUCACUCCCUGCAGAGAGGAAGCAAGCCCUGUCCACCUGGAAGGACCCUGCUGAGAGCCCCUCCAGCCACUCUGCUCCUGCAGCCCAGCCCAGGCCCCCACGGGCGAGCAGCCAGACUCUGGCUCCAGAGCAGGACAAGGCAGCGAACAGGAUGCCCUUGGUGCAGAAGCCAGCCCUGGCUCCCAAGCCCGCCAGUCAGACCCCGCCGUCCUCCCCACUCCCCAAACUGAGCAGGCCCUACCUGGUAGAGCUGCUGGCUCGCCGGGCUGGGAAGCCCGACCCGGAGCCCACCGAGCCGUGCAAGGAGGGCCAGGAGAGCGGUGCCCCCCGGCCGCCCUGGACACCACCCCCGGAAAGGAAGGCACAGAAGCGGGGUAAGGAGGAAGAGGUGGAAACAGAGAGAAGGUUCGCUUCCCCGGCUCCCUCUGCCACCAGGCAAGAGAAGCCUUCCCAGACCCCCGAGGCCGGCAGGAAAGUCUGUUUUCCCACAGAAAAGCCAGUGCUUCAGAGCAGGCACUCUUUAGAUGGCUCCAAACUUGCGGAGAAAGGUGAAACGGCACAGCCCCUGUGGAUAACGUUAGCCCUGCAGAAGCAGAAGGGGUUUCGGGAGCAGCAGGCGACUCGAGAGGAGAGGAAGCAGGCCAGGGAGACCAAACAGGCAGAAAAGCUCUCCAAAGAGAACGUCAGUGUCAGCCCACAGCCUGGAAGCAGCAGUGUCAGUAGACCUGCUUCUCUGCACAAGUCCACCACUCAGCCUGAAGAGAAGCAGCUGGAGACCGCAGUGUCCAGGCUGGAGCGCAGAGAGCAGCUGAAAAAGGCCAACACUCUUCCUACAUCUGUGACAGUGGAGAUCUCUGAUUCAGCUCCCCCAGCGCCGCUGGUGAAAGAAGUCACAAAGAGGUUCUCUACCCCAGACGCUGCCCCUGUGUCAACAGAACCAGCCUGGCUGGCUUUGGCCAAAAGGAAAGCCAAGGCCUGGAGCGACUGUCCUCAGAUUAUUAAGUGAAGAGUGACUCUCAUCCAUUUCUAUUGCCAGUUAUUGGCUCCUCUCUUGCCCUUUUUAUUUAUUUAUUUUUUAUAUGAGGUAAAGAAACCAAGCUAGGGAAAAGAAGCAUGUUUUAUAGGCUCUAAAAUAAUGCUUAGAAACUGAACUGGUGGUGUUCCUUGUAAAGAGUGUAUUUGCACAACCCUAGGUCCUGGUGCCUUGAGCUCCUAGUUCUAAAGAGAAAAUUUUGUCCAAGGGACCACAUGAAGCAAAAUCUCUAAACUAAGAACUCAUGUGAGCCUGCCAUGCCCAGCCCAUGGCCCUUCUACACGUCCAUCCACACACCAUUCAGAACAUGUACUUUUGCCAAUCUUUGUAAUGGCUUCUUGAUUCUCUACUCCAAUUUCUUUUAUCCAGAACAUUUACCCCAUCAUAUGUUUGGGGAUUUCUACCGUUUUCUACAGUAAUGGUGAAAGGAUCAUAUAUAGAUAGAACCAGGAAUGCUCAUUCUCCUGAAUGCAGUGAGUAACUGGGAAUCGUAAAUAACAGUCGGGCUCUCAACUCUGUGCCCGUGUCUGUUUUUCGUGAAUCUUCCCCAACCCGCAACCAUAACAUAGAGAGCGAAUCCAUUCACACUUCUACCACACUGGUAGUCCACAGGCCCCGUAAUACCAGUACUCUCCUUAAGGACGUGGUAAAUUUGGCCCAGUCGGCUCCUAGAGAACAUUUUUAUUUAAUAUGGUGAAGAAAGGACGCUACAAAUUCUCUUUCCAUCUCUGUGAAUCCCUACCUAGUGCAGUGGAUCUUAAGAUGUUCAGGCUCCAUCCCCGGCCUGCUGAAUCAGAUCCUGUGAGGAUGGGCCUGGGAAUGUCUAUUCUGGCAAAAACUCUUCAGCUGAAUUCCAAUGUAGCCCAAAGGUUGUAGAACCUUGGGCUGUACUGCCUCUAGGGUGAUCUGGUUUCUAAAACUGAAGGGGAGGCUCAUUUCCCCCCAAGAAGCAAAAGUGAGACAGGAAAAAUAAUAAAACAAUCCCCAAACCAGCCAUUUAUUACAAGAUACAAGAGCCUAUUGACGUUACAUGUCUCUGAAAAUUCCCUUAGGUCUUUAGGGAAAGGUAACAGGAAGCCAAGAUUUGGAGCCUUUGUACUAAGAACUUCCUGUGGGAAGUUUCUUUACCGUAAUCAAGUAAUUUAUAUUUAGAGUCAAGUGUGCAGUAGUAUUUAUAAUUUAGAGCAUUCACCUUGCUAUCAUUAAAAAGCAUCCCCGAAUUUUAAGUGGCCUUGUUGUUAUACACAUGUGAUAGAAAGAAGGGACCUGGCAAUUUAAAGCCACAUAUAUUCAGUUUUAUUUCCCUAAAUUUGCUUUAUAUGAAACAUAGACAUAUCAGCAAACCCACACAUUGCUGGUACUAACUUUGUAUUUCAUCGUGUUGGCAUAUAUUCUCCUUUUUUUUAGAUUCUGACCCCAAAAUAUAAAUACAAAUCCUUUGCCCAGUGCAGGGGGAUGUACAUCUUUUUCUCUUCUCCUACAGAAACACAUUUUAUUGGUGUCAGUCAUUUCCCUUUAUGCUCACUCAAUAUGCAAUGUGCUGUUGUUCUAUCAUUUACCUUAAAGAAAAGAUGACAGCAACGUUAUUUACCAUAUAGAAGGCAUUUUCUUUCUGGAAACGAUGGCUCAGCCUCAUGGUAGCAGCUGGCAUGUGUGGUCAAGUGGAUAGUUGUGCUCUUGCAAGUUGUACUUAAUAUAUAUACUGGACCUUCAGACUGUUAAGAAUCAAUGUAACUUUAAUUUUUUUUUAUUGCUAUGGGAGGCACUUAGUAUUCCACUGCACGUUUCCCACGCUGAUGUUCAUUUCUAAAUCGAAUAUGUAGGCAUUUGUUAGUUUCCGUGAUUUCCUCACUAAUAUAACACUUUUUAAGGGGAUCUUUUCACCUAGAGCCCUGGAAUUAUAGUGCUACAGUAAUUCUUCUGAACUGACUUUUUCUUUCAUCCCAUCAGCUUUCGAUACUAUCACAGUAAUAACAGAGAAUAGGCGAAGAAAUCAGAUUAUUAGCAAAGAAUGGUGAGUGAGUUAACUCUGCUGACUCAUAUGCCACCCAGCCCAUACAAAGUAGGGGAAAUACCUCAGUUAAAACGUUUCCAUCAAUCUUUAAACACAUGCUGAAGAAAAGGUCAGUUACAGCACUUACUUCCAGCAACUUCUAAAGGAUACAUGUUUAAUAUUUCAUGUAAAAAUUACUCCAAAUUUGCACUAAAUACCAAUGAAGUGUUAUUUUGCUUUAGUUGUUUUGCAGUCUUUUCUGAUCAACAAACUAGGGGGGAAAUUCUGUAAAAACAUAAAAAAUUCAAGACUUUUUUUUUUUUAAAUGAAUGACUGCUAUGUUAAAUACACAAGCUUUUUUUUUUUAACAAAUGUAUACUUCUGGCAAGGUUAUAGAUGAUUAACCUCUGUUCAUAGACUUAUAUAUAAAAAAUUAGAGUUUUUUUGUUUACUUUUUUAAUUUUUCAAGUGCAAUUGUUUCUUACACAGCAUAUUAUUAAUUACUAUUAAAUUAUCAUUUUAGCCAGUUAGCAAAUUAUAGUAUGUAUUUUUUGUCUCUUCUUGUGACAUUUCGUUUAAUUGCUUAUUUUAAAGCAGGAACAUUAGAGUUACAAGCAUCUUGCAAUAUUUUUACCAACAAUAAAAUUAAGUAGACUUAACAAUCAAAAUACCUUAAUGUGAUUUUAAUAUUAUUUUGAGAUUUUGGUUGUAUAAAGUUUUAAUGUAAAAUGUCCAUUAUUGAAGGAAAAGAUCUUUCAAUAAAAAAUACCCACAAGA